AAAUCGCCAUUUGAAUACAUAGAGGAAGGGAAAGUUGAGACACAACAAUUCAAACAAAAAACACGUGAUACAAUGCCACGUUAAAUCAUCUGCAUCCUGCAUAUGCAUGCAAACUCUUCCUCAUUUUCCCUGGUUUUACGGCUACUGCACGAACGGGUACCAGCUUUGCUACCUUAAAAAUUCUCGUCAGACUACCCGGGUAUUUCUACCCCCUUCCGGUGUAUUGAUCGCAUAUCUCUCUCCACAUGUUUCAUCAAUGUUGCCAUGAUAUUCAUUAUAAGAACAAUUCCGCCUUAUUUUACUUUCUCUUACAAAUAUUUUAUACCCCAUUUUAAUAAUAAUUUCCAAUCACGCUCAUUAUAUAAAUAACUACAGAACCAAUUAACCAUAGCCUUAUUAUAGUGUACAUAUUUACUCACUAAAGUAAAUCCAAACUCUUAUUAAAAUCAUGCCAUAUUCACUAAUCUGACAGUAACUGUCUCAACUUGGGGGGGAAAGAAGUGUACAAUAAUAAUAAAACGGUCGAAUCUUGCAUGAAUACCUUGCAUAGCAGGGACGACACGAUUAAGUCUUAUAUUAUCAUGGACGAAUCCACCACCAGCAAAACUCCCAGCGCAAAAUCCUCCUCCUCCACCGACCUCACCGUUCCAUCCUCCCCCGCAUCCUCAGAAAACGUUCGUGUCGUCGUACGAUGCCGUCCCAUGAGUCGAAAAGAGUCCGAGCGGAACUGUAAACUCAUCGUGGACGUCAUUUCCGAGUCCAACUCGAUCUCCGUCAACAAUCCAAAUCCCACCGAGUCCUCCGACCCCACGACAAAAGGCGACCCCAACUCACCUAAAACGUUCACCUUUGACGCCGUAUUUUCCACGACCUGCACCCAAGCCGACGUUUACAACGAGGUGGCUCGUCCCAUCGUAGAAAAUGUGUUGCAAGGCUAUAACGGAACGAUAUUCGCGUACGGCCAGACCGGAACGGGAAAAACGUAUACGAUGGAAGGAGUCCACAAUGUCCCCGAGUUGAAGGGCAUCAUUCCAAACUCAUUCGCCCAGAUAUUUUCCCACAUUGCGAAAGCUGAGGGAGACCAACGCUUCUUGGUGAGAUGUUCAUAUCUCGAAAUUUAUAAUGAGGACGUCCGCGACCUCUUGGCGAAGCAGAGCACUGUAAAAUUAGAGGUGAAGGAGCAUCGCGACAAGGGCGUGUAUGUCAAGGACUUGUCUUCCUUUGUGGUUCGGAAUGCUGACGAUAUGGACAGAAUUAUGGGGAUUGGGAAUAAAAAUAGGUCCGUGGCAUCGACCAAUAUGAACUCAGUGAGUUCCAGGUCGCACGCCAUUUUCACCAUCACGGUCGAAUGCAGCAUGGAUCACAAGGUGGGAGCGGGUAGUGGGGGUGAUGGGGGGAAUAAGGAGAAGAAAAAGGGUGAGGGGAGAUCUUUCAGGGUGGGGAAGCUUAAUCUGGUCGAUUUAGCGGGGUCGGAACGACUCAGCAAAACGCAGGCGACGGGUGAUCGAUUGAAAGAGGCGACGAAAAUUAAUUUGUCACUGUCAAACUUGGGGAAUGUAAUUUCAGCUCUUGUAGAGGGCAAUAGUCACGUUCCGUACAGAAACUCUAAGCUCACCCGACUCCUACAAGAUUCGCUCGGAGGAAACUCUAAAACCGUGAUGGUUGCAAAUGUUGGACCUGCCGAUUACAACUACGAUGAGACCGUGAGUUCUUUACGAUUCGCUAAUCGUGCCAAGAACAUAAAGAACCACGCCGUCAUCAACGAGGAUCCGAAGGACGCUCUGCUUCGCCAGUUUGAAAAAGAGAUCCAAGAACUAAGAAAGCAGUUGGAGGACGAGUUGGCAAAUGCUGAGGCGGCUGGAGGUUUACUACUCGCACCCCAAAAUACUGAUGACGACCUCGUUGACGAUGAUGACGAAGGAGGUGACGAAGAAGGUGGCGAGUUGGGCCACCUCUCCAUCAUCCCUGUCCCAAAUGAGGAAGCUUUACUCGGAAUUAAAGGCGAACUUCAAAACCACGCCCUCCUCAGUUCCACGAUCGGGUCAGAAUCUCAGGAUCACAAACAUGUAAUGACUGCCCUCAAGGACAAAGUAAUGACUUGGAAGGAGACUGAAGCCCAAAAGCUAAAUUUGCAACAAAAGCUCAAGUCGUUACAACGCAAAAUUUUGGUCGGUGGCGAAAAUCUUUUAGACAAGUCGCAACAGCAAGAAGAACUUUUGCUGAGGUCCAUGAAGGAAAUCAGUCUUCGAAAAGAGGAGGAAGAAAAACUUCAGUCUCACCUCGCCAAACAGGAGGAAGAACGGAAAACGCUGGAAAAUAAAAUUUUAUUUUGCCAAGAGCAGAAUUUAACUGUGAGCAAGAAGCUUAAAAAGACGUGGUACAAGUACCAAGCCCAGAAACAUGAAUUGGACCAAUUUCGCUUAGAAUAUCAGGAAGAGACUGACGCUUUGGUGGACGAAGUGCACAAACUUAGUCGAGAGUUGCAAUACCACAAUCAAAUUAUAGACAAUUUUAUUCCCCCCGUUUAUCAAAGAUUAAUUGAAAAAUCCGUCAAGUGGCAGCCCGACUCGGCCGAGUGGACGUUGAAAUGUGUGGCCUACGCUGGAAAUAAUAUGACGAGGGGAAGCGAUUCUGGGGGAGAUGUGGGCGGUGGUCAACACCAUCGUCACCACAAGUUGGACGUUGCGAGUGUGGACCUUUCCAAUUUUUAUACCAAUAUUGAAGACGAUUCUUACCAUGAGCAAGAACAAAGUGGUUCCUCAUCGAACACGAAAUUACACCGACCAAACACAAACCGUCCGUCAACUUCUAUGCAAAAAAUAAAGUCUGCUACUUCUUCAAGUGUGAAUAAUUUUGGGAGUAGUGAAAGAGACCGCGAUAAGCAGGAGAGGUUAUCAAGGAUGGGAUUUUAACCAUGAUUUCUAUAAUAGAUUGAGAGCUACAUAUUCGAUCCAUCGCCUUAUUAAUUUGCAAGUCGCAAAUAUCAUUUGCAUUCUGUCCAUAUGCAUACGCUGUGCAUUAAAUCAUAGAAAUAUACGUAAUAUUUAGCCUGUAUUAACAAAUACUGAUAAGAUAAGCAAAAGAUAAGACAAAAUCUUUAAUAAAGUGAUCUUACGAAA